AUGAAAAAGCUUCAUCGCAUUUUUAGUUAGUUUUUAAGUUCUCUCAAUUUUUAAUCUCAACUUGGUUUCGACAAAUUGUUGUUGUUUGCCCAACAAACAAACACACAGACACACUCACAGACACAGAGAGAGAGAAGAGAAGCAUCAGGAGCAGAAGAAGAGAGACGUGACGCAUUAUUGAUGACGAUACGACUGCAGCUGGAUACUUCGAAUCCCUGUCGUCGAGGCGGAUGUCAAUAAGGCCAACGACGGCAACGGGCGGCCGCUCGCGUCCGGCUCCAGCAGCGAGCCAGCGCCAACAACACCAACAGCAGCAGCAGCUGGGACAGGAGACGCAUCCGUUGCCGCAGCUGCAAGUGGAGCAGCUGCUGGCACCAUCGCAAUCGCAUUACAUAAUUGGGGAGCAGCGCUAUAGCUGGGAGCGUGCGCUUAGCGCCUCGACUCCUGUGCGUUAUCCAUCGCAGGCGACUCCAGCAUCGAUGUACAGCAGUCGCCAUGAUCCAAGGAUUGCACUCUUUGCCGCCAGCAACACCAAUCAACAGCCGAAUAAUCUGAAUAAUCCAAGUGCUCGCAAUAAUUUCAAUUUACGAUGUCGCCACACUCGCAACAUUACGCGUAAUCCUCUCCAGCAACAGCAGCAGCAUCAGCAGUUGCCCCUGAAUGUGCCACUUUUGGUGGCAUCGCCACGCGCUUGCGCUGGCACCUCAAUGCCGCCCCACAGCGAGCACUCGGUGCGUGCCACAACAGCGGCAGCUGCCACACAAUUGCGUGAUUUCGGACGCAAGUAUCCUUUGUGGCUGCCCGAGUACAAACGUCGUGCAUUCAAUGCCUCCAUGGAUGAAAAGUAUGUGGAGAGCAUUUGGGCCACAUUGAAGAAUGCCAUACAGGAGAUACAGAAGAAGAACAACUCGGGACUGUCCUUUGAGCAACUGUAUCGCAAUGCUUACAACAUGGUGCUGCACAAGCAUGGCACUCGUCUCUAUUAUGGACUGCGUGAGGUUGUCUCGGAGCAUCUGGAGCAAAAGGUGCGUCAGGAGGUGCUCGAGAGUUUGCACAGCAAUUUUCUGCCCAAACUGAAUCAGGCCUGGACCGAUCAUCAGACCUCGAUGGUCAUGAUACGCGACAUACUCAUGUACAUGGAUCGCGUCUAUGUGCAGCAGCGUGGCCUGGACAAUGUCUAUAAUCUGGGACUCAUACUCUUCAGGGAUCAGGUUGUUCGCUUUCCGGAAAUACAGAAGGCGCUGCGCGAAAAGCUGCUGGGCAUGGUGCUGGAGGAGCGACAUGGCGAGGCCAUCAAUCAUUUGGCCAUCAAGAAUGCCUGCACCAUGCUCAUCACGCUGGGCAUCAAUUCGCGCACCGUUUACGAGGAGGACUUUGAGAAGCCGUUCCUCUCACAGUCGGCGGCCUUUUACAAAUUCGAAUCGCAAAACUUUCUUGCGGAGAAUAACGCUGGCGUUUACAUCAAGAAAGUCGAGGCACGCAUCACCGAGGAAUCAUCGCGAGCGGCGCUCUAUUUGGACAAAGAUACCGAGCCACGGAUUGUGCGUGUCGUUGAGGAGGAGCUAAUUAAGAAACACAUGCGCACCAUUGUCGAGAUGGAGAAUUCGGGUGUGGUGUAUAUGAUUAAGAACUCGAAGACCGAGGAUUUGGCAUGCACAUACAAGCUAUUCUCACGACUAAAGGAGGAGGGCCUCAAGGUGAUAGCGGACACAAUGUCUGCGUAUCUGCGGGAACAGGGAAGCAUGCUGGUCAAGGAGGAGGAGAAUGGGAAUACAAAUCCGAUAACAUUUGUGCAAAAUCUGCUCGAUCUCAAGGAUCGUUUCGAUCAGUUCUUGUUGCAUUCGUUUAGCAAUGAUCGACUCUUUAAGAAUGUGAUCUCGGCGGAUUUCGAGCAUUUUCUCAAUCUGAACAACAAAUCACCCGAAUAUCUGUCGCUCUUCAUCGACGACAAGCUGAAAAAGGGUGGCAAGGGCAUGAGCGAGCAGGAGAUCGAGACCAUUCUGGACAAGACAAUGGUGUUGUUCCGCUUCCUGCUUGAAAAGGAUGUCUUCGAGCGCUACUACAAGACACAUUUGGCCAAACGUUUGCUGCUCAACAAAUCAGUCUCCGAUGACUUUGAAAAGAACAUGAUAUCCAAACUAAAGACUGAAUGUGGCUGUCAAUUUACAUCAAAGCUGGAGGGCAUGUUCAAGGAUAUGUCCGUUUCAAAUACGAUUAUGGAUGAGUUCAAGAGUUAUGUAAAUAAUAACAAUUUGUCAUUGAGCGGUGUUGAGCUGACGGUGCGCAUUUUAACCACCGGCUUUUGGCCCACACAGACGGCAACGCCUAACUGCAACAUACCCUCUGCACCACGCGAGGCCUUUGAGGUGUUUAAAAAGUUCUAUUUGGACAAACACUCGGGUCGACAGCUAACGUUACAGCCGCAAAUGGGCACUGCCUACAUCAAUGCCGUUUUCUAUGGCCGCAAAGCGAGUGACAGCGACAAGGACAAGGAUGGGCCAAGCUCAAGUUCAAGUGGCUGCGCUGUGCCCACCACAACACGCAAGCAUAUACUACAAGUGUCCACCUACCAGAUGUGCGUCUUGUUGCUGUUCAACAAUCGGGAUGUGCUGACCUAUGAUGACAUACACCAAGAGACGGACAUACCCGAGAGGGAGCUGGUGCGCGCUUUACAAUCGCUGUCCAUGGGCAAGCCUGCCCAGCGUUUGCUGGUGCGCAACUCCAAAACGAAAACAAAAGACAUUGAGCCCUCGGAUGAGUUUUAUGUGAACGAUGCAUUUGUCUCCAAGUUCCACAGGGUAAAGAUACAAACGGUUGCGGCCAAGGGCGAAUCGGAGCCGGAGCGCAAGGAGACGCGUGGCAAAGUGGAUGAGGAUCGCAAACAUGAAAUUGAAGCAGCCAUCGUACGCAUUAUGAAGGCUCGCAAACGCAUGGCGCACAAUCUGCUGGUGUCGGACGUGACGUCGCAGCUAAAGUCACGUUUCUUGCCGUCACCUGUGUUCAUCAAGAAGCGCAUCGAAGGCCUUAUCGAGCGUGAAUAUCUGGCGCGAACGCCAGAAGAUCGCAAGGUGUACAUCUACUUGGCUUAAAACAAACAAACCAACAACAACAACAAUAGGAAUGUGUGCGCGCAAUCAUCCUCCUUCCUCUCAUUCACCACCAUUCAUCCCGCUCUCAUUCUCAAGCUAUAUUAACAAAGCAUAAUACUCCCUUCCCUACAUUUCAUACUCCAUCAGCUUCAACUUGGGAUCUACAGUCUACAACCAAAAUGUGCAGCUAAGCAGCCAGCAAACUGGAACAAAAACUACUUUGACCAAGAAAUAAUAUAGAACUCAAUAGACAAGUGCGAAAUUUGUAAGAAGCCUGACAUUCAAAAUUGAACAGUUAUUGCUACUUAGGCACCCCUGCUCCCUCCUCUUUCCCUUGCCAAGUGCUAUCCAUAUUCAAAUAUAAUAUAUUUUCGACUAUUCUCUAAAUUCUCCAAAUACUUUUGCUAUUUAUUUUGAAUACCACUUUUGUCACCACAAGCAACCAUGACAACACAUAAAAUACGAAAAUUGUAUAGCAAUAAGCACCUCCCAUAAACACACAUACACACAUACUUUCACACUCAUCAUAGAUACGGAUGGAGAAGCGUACGCGAAGCAAAAAUAAGAAUUAAUGCAUAAUGCAAAAAACUUAAUUCUAAGCAGCAGUAUAAAUAUAGCUAAAGUAAUAAAUUUAUAAAUGAAUAUAAUAAAUUUAGUGAGCGUUUGAUGUACAUUUUUUACGUCUCCCUCCUCCUCCUUCUCACCCCUCACCAUUUCCCCUAUAUCCAUUUAAAUAAUCAAUUAACAUUAAAUCCUUAAAACGUAAACGAAGAACACGUUUCGAGAUUCAUGUGAAAAAGAGAGUUUAACACAAACACACAUUUUUAAAAUCGAUUUUUUAUAACUAUAUAUAUAUAUAUAUAAAGCUAAACCACAUAUAUUCGUGAAAUCAGGCUUAUAAACUAAAUAAUUAAGUGUAUGAAAGUUGUUCAUCUACAUUCAUUGGUACAUUCGCCAACAACAACAAAAAUGUAUGCCAAUAAUGUAAAAACAAAAAAAAAAAAGAAAAUGGAAUUCAUCUUUUUGGCACAUUUUCUUUUUGUUUUUGGACUUUUGAAUUAAGUGAAAUUUGGAAUUAUUAUUGCUGCAGAGUUACAUACAUACAAAUGUGAGAGAGUCCGUAAUAAUUAUUAUAUUAUAAGCGCAAGCGAGCAGGCGAAAAAGCACUGAGCAAAUGCAAGAAAAAGAAUUGUACAUAAUUUUUUUGUUCUUCUGUAUGGAAAAAUAAUAUAAAUAAAACGUAUAUGAGCGUUAAAAUUAA